AUGUUGUCCGGCUUCGUGUGCAAGAUUGUGGAAUACCCGGCCGACACCAUCAAGGUCUUAGAGCAGACCGGUGGUGGUCGUUUCACAGGGCCAGUAGACUGCUUUCGGAAGACUGUGGCCACCUCCGGAUUCCUGUCUCUCUACCAGGGCCUCGGUGCUCCUCUGCUGGGGUCCAUGGCGGAGAAUGCAAGCCUCUUCGUUUCGUACGGGUACAUCAAGAAGGUGCUAGCCGUGGACGAAGAGGCGGCCAGUCUGUCCAAUCCUAUUCCGUUUUGGAAGUUGGUCCUCGCAGGUGGCGGCAGCGGCUGUGCCUCCACUUGCGUCCUGACGCCUGUGGAGCUGGUGAAGUGCAGGCUGCAGGCCCAGCUGAACAGCCCCUCUGCAGAGAAGCUGUACAGGGGACCUGUUGACUGCAUUGUCCGCACUGUGCGGGAAGACGGACUUACAGGUUUGUGGCGAGGCAAUCUGAGCACGCUGAUGCGAGAAGUGCCGGGCAACAUGGCCUGGUUUGGUGUGUACGAAGGUGUCAUGAGAAUUGUGCAGACAGUCCGGCGGUAUAACAAGAAGAAAGAUGUGCCGCUGCUAUGGUCUGCCUUGUCCGGCUCUUGUGCUGGCAUAGCAUACUGGGCAGUUCCCUACCCGGCAGACACGGUCAAGUCGAAAAUUCAGACUGACCCGCGCUUUCAUGGGCAAUCCUUUCUGACAGUCUUUCGAACUGUGCUGAGGGAAGAGGGAGUUGCCGGACUUUACCGGGGCUGCGGUGUCACUUGCUUCCGCGCUGUCCCGUCUCAUGCGCUAAUAUUCUAUGUGUAUGAGAUGGCCAACCGUUUUCUGCUUCAGUUUUAG